GGAAUUUCGAACUUAUCUACAAAUUUUUUUAUGGAUGCUUUGCUAAAUUGGUGUAGUAAUUUGUUUAUGUUGGCCCUACAAUCUACAUGAUGGAUUUAUGUUUGCGAUCUUUGAAUCAGAAAAGGAUUACUAUAAAGAAGUUUCCCCCAGAAAAAGGAACAAGAAAAAAGAGACAUGAGUUUUUUUUACUUCUUUUACCGAUCGAAUUCACUAUUUAUUGAUUAAAAAAAAAAAAAAACAACGACAACAACAACAGAAACACUUUUUACUUCUAAGUUCCAAACGACAGCUCCUCUCAAAAUCAUUGAAGAAUUAGUGUUGGAAACAAAAAUUUGUUGAACAAUCAAAGAUAUGGCGAGCCGGAGUAGGGAAUCGUCGAAUUACAGAAACCCAUGUUUAACAAUGCACCAACCAUGGGCGUCUUUGCUUGUUUAUGGCAUCAAACGGAUUGAAGGCAGAUCUUGGCCCGCCCCAAUUAGAGGACGGCUGUGGAUUCAUGCAGCUGGUAAGGUCCCUGAACCAGAGACAAUCAAAGCUAUGGAAGAUUUUUACAGGCAGAUCUACGCAAUGAAUGGAGUAACAGAUAUCGAAUUCCCUGAGUAUUACCCGGUUUCCAGACUUCUAGGUUGUGUUGACGUGGUAGGUUGCGUUACCUGUGAAGAGCUAGUAAAUUGGGAAGCUAUACCUGCAUCGGUGAGAGUAGAAGGCCAGACAGCUUUUUGUUGGCUUUGUGAGCAACCUCAGAGAUUGAUCGUGCCAUUUGAAAUGCGUGGAUUCCAGGGUGUUUAUAAUUUGGAAAAGAAGAUAUAUGAAGCCGCUGUCAGAGGUCUCUCGUCCGUCAAAGCACCACAGCCUGUUACCUUUCCACUUCCAGAUCCACGAGACCGCUUCUCUCUGAAACCCGGUUCACUUGCUUCUCUUCCAAGCUGCACGAACGCCUUAGAAGAGGAGAAACCUCCUAGCCUCGUGGCAGCAAUUGCUGCCGCUAGAGCAGCUGCAACGCAAUUUUCCAAGAACAAGAGUCCCGAAACUCCUAAGGCGGGCAACAUUGAAGGUAACAAGAAACCUAUCUCCAUGAGAACGAGGAAUAAAUCUGAGGAGCGGGUGCCAGUUCAGCGACCUGGUGGUGAUACAUCAUACACCCCAUAGCUCCUUUACUAAAAAUGGUGUCUGAUGCAAGUUUUUUUGUUUUUUAACGGAAUCUGAUGCAAGUUGCAUAGUUGUUAUGCUGUGUUACUCUAGGUACCUCUAUUUAUACAGAUGCUCGUUUGCUCCUCUGAUUGUAUAUGGUUAGUGAGUGUUUACUUUAAGUGAUAGAUUACAUUGACGAUAAUCUUUCAAAUAUUCAACUGUUUUAUCUAUCAA